AUGGCAUCGACGCCAUCGAAAAUCAUACCGGCUCGGCCGUCGCCCGGGUUACAAAGCGCGGCGCAGGCUGUUGCGGGAAUUAGGCAGACUGCGAAAACUUGGCAAUCAGAACCUGUUCAUCGCCCUCUGCCAGCUGAGGGCGUAGCAGAAAAACAACGGCUGAAGAAGACCGAUAGAACGACGACGAAGAUACCAGUCAGCAACGGAGAAGCUAACCCUUCUGAACGGAAGAGACACACAGCGCGAUGCCUCUUUAGCACGUCAGAAAAGGGUCCACGAGAACGACACCACCAGUGGGAGCUUAAAGUCGGAAACUUGAACAUAUCCUCACUUAGAGGAAAUAAACGAGAGCUAGCUGAUGAGGUCAUAAAGUACCAACUCGACACUGUUCGACUCUCGUCAAUGAAGCACCAAGGCUCUGGACUCCUGAACCUUAGCGGAUGGAAGCCAUCCUACUCAGUCGUAGAUAUCACGACUCGCGCUCAAGCCGGUGUUGGUGUUCUGGUAGAACUCAACCUCGCACAUAGAAUCAUUAAUUGA